AUGAAGCUUGAAAUUGGAGAGCCUCCAUACGAGCUGGAGGAGAACGAGAUCAUCGUAAAAGUCGUUAAAAACCGCGGAAAUACUUUUGAAGUGCAGGUGCCAGCGUCUUGCUUGGAUAGGGUCAGGCAGGUUCUACCUGAAGCCACUGAAGAGCUUCUCGUAGGGCUGUCUCCCCGUCUUCGUAACCAGUAUUUUAUUAAACGAGGUGGAUACGCAGUUGCCACUAUCGAGCAAAGAGGCAAACUGCAAGGAGAAAUCUCGAAUGUGUGUGGUGACGAGAGACAAUGGCAGAAACAAUCGUACUGGCCGCUUGAGUAUAAAACAACAAAUGCUGGCUAUGACACCCUUGAUCUGCCUCCUAGCGACGAGGAAUCGGACUAUGAAACAGACGAGGAGGAAGGAGAAGAAGAACCGGCCGUGCAGUUCUUGUCAUAA